ACCCACACUACAGGUUUGAUUGGUACCUUCCUGUUUCUGGAUUGACUGUUCGUUGUGGCCAAGAGUGCAAUAUUCCUUCCUGCUAUCAAUUAAGAAUGAAGGAUUUGAAACAGAAAAUAUUUCUCCUGAGACGCAACAUUCAACAAGAGAAGAGAAGUAGUAAAAUCUUAGCGAUGCGUACAAGUGACCGGGCCAAAAAGAAAUUGCUGGAAUAUGAGAGCUGGAUGUUGACACAUUCUCCCACAGUACCUCUGGAACUACAUAGCCGCUAUGGAAAGAGUCACACCCUCUUGCUAUCCUCUCUUUAUGAGCUCUAUGAAUGGAAGGACUGUAUUGAAAAGCUCACAGGUGAAAGCUUUGAAAAAAUUUCUGUAGACCUACUAAAACUGACCAGCUCCUGUGUUAAACUGCGAUCUGUGCAUCAUCCUCCCUCCAGCAGCUUUAUCGAAGAAAAUACUGACAAAGGCCUGUGUGGAACACUCAGUGUCAUGGUUCACAGUGCUACGGGAUACCAGAAACCAGCAAAUACUUACAUUUCUUUGGAGCUGGACAGUUUUGGAUAUUUUGAGAAUAGAGGUCAGACAAGAGUUUUGAUGGAUGUUUCAGAACCAAUAUGGGAAGAGGAGUUUUCCCUGGAGGUGGAUGGUGCUCAUUGCCUGCGCUUGCUCUGUAUCCAGCAACAAGAGACUGGAGAGAGCUUGAUUGAAGACAAGAUCCUUGGAAAAACACAAGUGGAGCUGGAAACUAAUUUUACUCAGAACAAAUGGAGAAGGACGGUUGUUACCCUGAAUGAGAUACAAGUUUCCGUCUCUCUGAAAUAUUCUGCACAUGGUCUGCAGCCACCAGGAUCCUCUUGCACAGAUCAGAGUGACGUGUUUGGAGUUCUCCUAGGAAUCACAGCAGAAAGGGAAGGUGUUUUGGUGCCCAACAUUGUGCGCUAUUGUGUGGAGGAGAUAGACAGAAGGGGUCUGGAAGAAGUAGGUAUCUAUCGAAUCUCUGGAAUUGCCACAGAAAUCCAAGCACUGAGGACAGCCUUCAACACCAAUCUGCAAGAUGCUAUUACUCGACUGAAGACUGUUGAUGUGAAUGCUGUGUCUGGAACCUUGAAACUGUACUUCCGGGAGCUUCCGGAGCCACUGAUUCCACCAGAGUUCUUCCAGCCGCUGGCUCGUGGACUUGAAAUUGCUGACAAAGAGAAAAAGGAAUAUUCCAUGAUUGAGCUGCUGCAAGAGAUCCCAGAUGCAAACCGCAAUACAUUUCUGUUUCUGGUUCAACAUCUCAAAAGAGUGUCAGAGAAGAAGGACGUGAACAAGAUGACCAUCCACAACCUUGCCACAGUAUUUGGUCCCAGUCUAUUACGCCCCCCAAAGGAUUCCCAGUCAGAUGCAGUAGAUAUCUCACAGGAAGUGGUAGUGCAGGUCCAAGUGGUGUUUUACUACUUGCUGUAUAACAACCUCCCAGCUCCCCAGACAAGGAGGAAGACAUACACCGAAUCUGAGGAGACUUGAGACGCUUAAUGAAAUUGUAAUUCUGUUGAAUGUACUUUUUGCUUCUCUAAAUAUGUAUACAGUAUGUAUAUAAAGUCUAUUCAUUUGUAACUUAAUGUGUUUUUAAAAAAGCAAA